CAUAUAAGCGCGUGAAGAUCUCUAAUUAGUCCAUCACUAUCUCAUGCAUUGUGUGCCAAUGAGUGAGAACAAGAGACUCAAACCAAACACGCCGACUCCUGACUCGGGCGAGUCGCCUUUGCUCAACGAGAGCAUACUUUUUCUCAUCUUCGAGUCAGUAAAAUGGGACAUUCACAUCCUUUGCUUGACUGCCUCCCUUAACCAGAAGCUGCGGGCGAUCGCAGAGCGGCUUCUUUGGCGGAAGCUCUGUGCGUAUCGCGCGCCGCGCAUGGUAAAAGCAUUGGCUAACGGAGCCCCUAACAGCCGUAUUAACGGUGGAUGGAACGCGCUUGCUAAGCUAAUGUUUUUCUGUUGCGGUUGUGAGUCAACUCGUAAUUUCCAGCUGAGUCAACGUCUGGCGGGUCAUUUCGUUAAAUCGUCUCGGUUUUCAAAAACUUCGGGUAGGAGCUUUUUAACGAAGAAAUGUCGGGGUGAUUUGUUGUAUGUAAGUGACCCGUGUGAGCAUCCACUAGGGGAUAAAGAUGACGACGUGGGAAUUUUCCGAGGGGUAUUUCGGGGAUUUACGAGAUCCAAGACUAGAGCGUCCUUGAUCCAACGCCAGGUGGGGUUGGAGGAGAGCGUGAGAUGUCCUUACUGUGGGGCCCGCGUUUGGAGCAUGACAAUGGCUCGGCUGGUUCCUAAGAGCGCGACUCGGCGGCUGGGCACGCAUGACGGUGGGUUGGAGUAUUUUGUUUGUUUGAAUGGGCACUUACACGGGACUUGUUGGCUGGUGCCGUUGUCGUCUGAUGAAGAGGGCAAUGACGGUAGUGAAGAUUCUGAUGACGGUCUUGAUGAUGAUGACGACCGGACAGUUAAAGACGGAAGUACGAGCUCGAUGGGAGAGGAGGUGUAGAAUUCCUUUGAUGUAUCCAAGCCAUUGGAUUGAUGACCCCACGUUUUGUACCUCUCACUGAUGAUGUGGAGGAUAGUAUACACAAUUUUGUGCUGAUGUGGAUUUUCUUUUCUCAUUAUUGUACUGGAUAUUGUAGUGCAGUAGAUUUUUCUUAACUUGCGUUCUUUUCGUAA